AUGUGGGACUUUCUCUACGCUGUGCUUCUGCUCGCCAACUCUCUCGCUGUUUUAAACGAGCAGCGGUUUCUUGUACCAUAUGGGUUAGGUUUUCAUCAACUCUCGAAUGGACAAACGGCGCCGCUCAAGGUGCAAGUGGUCGGACUGAUACACGCGGUUCAGCUAAAAUGCCACGCGAACGCGGGCGAAGGAAGCACCAACGGUGGCGAGGGUUCCGGGUCGGAUUCCGACGAAUUCCGUCAGCGCAUGGAGGGCCUCGUGAACCGAGACGACGACAGCUUCGACGGCAAGCAGCUGGCGGCGCUCAUCUACCAGAAGUACUCGCGCUCGUACGACGUGCAGCUCAUUCGCAAGGAAUUCUUGGGCCGUCAACUGCUUGCCAUGAACGUCAUGUGGAAGUACCGAGAGCAGAAAUCCUUUCCCCUGACAAAGGAGGAGUACUUGUAUAGGCUGGACAGAGUUGCAGAGAACCUGAGAUGUCUCAUGGGACUAAUUUUGCUGGCGCGCCUCGAUUCUGUGCAGGCCGUGUCAAUCCGCAUUGACCUGGAUCAGACAAAUAUUCGUGCUAAUGAGUGGAUUCAACGGUGA